AUGUUGAAAGAAGUUUGUGAGGCACUGCAGCUGUUCGACCUUGUUGAAUUGUUGGACAAAGAAACAAAACCUAAAACACUUCGACCUGCUCUUCCACUGAGAGAAAUAGAAAAGUUGCCGAGUGCCAAUAACCGUCCUACAAAGAUUUACACGAAAGCGGAAGUGUUGAUUAUCGGAUGCUCUGGAAAAGAAGGCGAAGGCUAUGGUUCUGAAAAAUUUGGACACUUUUUUAAAUUAUUGAACACGAAGAACCAUGUAACUGAGUUGACAGCAAAUUCUUCCUGGAAUUUGUCUAAGCAACUGGAUGACUUGAAGCAAAGCGAAUUUGAGAAAAAUGACAAUAUCUUCAUUGCACAAGAAAGAGAACAAAGGUUAAAAAUGUGUCUGCAAAAGAAACCUCCGUUCAGCAUGUAUCGCGGGGAAGCAGCGUGGGUAUUGAACGAGAUUUCUGGAGAAAUAUUUGGUCAACCGGAGUCACAGGAAUUGUCGAGUAUGUUCGACGAAGAGGAGGCAGUAAUGAAAAAAGAACUAAGCUAG